GGCAGACGCCCUAGCUGAGCAGAGCAGAGCCUGCUAGCAGCUAUGCAGAUGGAGGUGUGAAUGUGUUUGACUGAGCUCCAAAAGGUGCGUGUUUGAGCUUCAGGGGAGAUUCAUCCGUAUGGUCCUACGAGAAGCCGUGGAGGGGAAGUGAUCGACUUUGUUGGAGAGUCGGGCCUUUCGUCGACACAGGAAACGAUGUCAUGGCGGCCAUGGUGGGACAAAUGAGGAUAAAUGUGAGGAACACAUUUUUCAUCAUGUGCAGCUCCCUUUUUCUCCCUUUUAUUGGAGCUUCAGAGACGGAGCGACGGCUACACAAAAAGUUAUUCGAGAAAUACAACCUAAAAGUCCGACCAGCUGAUCACUGGGAGGAGAAGGUGAUGGUGCGGGUGGGGAUGACCCUCUCCCAGCUCAUCAGCUUGAAUGUGAAGAAUGGCGAGAUGACGACCAACGUGUACAUGAAUCUGCAAUGGACAGACUCCAGGUUGACCUGGGACCCUGCAGAAUAUGACAACAUCGAAGUGUUGAGGAUUCCUCCCAACAAAGUGUGGCGACCCGACAUCUACCUCAUAAACAAUAAUGACGGGCAGUUUGACGUGGCUCUCUAUGUCAAUGUCUUGGUUUACAACGAUGGGACAAUCCAGUGGUUGCCGCCAGCCAUCUACCGCAGUUCCUGCUCCAUAGAUGUGGCCUACUUUCCAUUUGACUGGCAAAACUGCAGCAUGGUUUUCCGCUCGUACAACUACGAUGCCUCCGAGGUUGACCUGCAGUACUUUUUGGACGAUGAUGGCAAUGAGAUCCACGAGAUUGUCAUAGACGAGAAUGCUUUCACUGAGAAUGGUGAAUGGGCCAUCUGUCAUAAACCUUCGAGAAAGAAUGUCAAGGAUGACCUGUAUGAGGAUAUCACAUUUUAUCUCAUCAUAGAGAGGAAGCCUCUCUUCUACAUCAUCAACAUCAUCAUGCCCUGUAUCCUCACCAGCGUCUUGGCUAUAUUUGUCUUCUAUCUGCCUCCUGGAGCAGGAGAGAAGAUGACUCUUUCCAUAUCCGUCCUCAUCACUCUCACUGUCUUCAUGCUGCUACUGGCUGACAAAGUCCCAGAGACGUCACUCGCAAUACCAAUCAUCGUCAACUACGUCAUGUUCACCAUGAUCCUGGUCACCUUUUCAGUCAUUCUGAGUGUGGUCGUGCUCAACUUGCACCACCGAACGCCCAGUACGCACAUCAUGCCAAACUGGGUUCGAAAAAUGUUCAUUCACAUCCUGCCCAAAUAUAUCGGCAUGAUGAGACCAAUCCCAGAGGAACCUCUGCUGGAGGAAGAGUCCUCCGAGGACAGCACCCCCAGCCAGGGUUUCAAUGGGCGACAGCCUGGAGGAGAGUAUUUCUUUCGGAAGAUCAACCCUGAUCUUGUAUUGCCCUGGAGAGGAAGAAGUGAGAGCACAGUUCAGCUCCAGCGGCUCCCGGACUCCGACAGCUACUGUCUGAUCCUCCCUCCCAACCUGAAGUCGGCCAUCGCUGCUGUGACAUACAUGGCCGAGCAGCUGAGGAGGCAGGACACGGACGACACAAUGACAGGAGACUGGCAGUUCAUCGCCUUGGUUGUAGAUCGUCUCUUCUUGUGGCUGUUUGUCAUCAUCACCACCCUGGGAACCCUGGGCAUGUUCCUGGAUGCCAGUUUCAAUUAUACACCUGACAACCCCUUCCCAUAGAGGACCAUGCACCGCACACACACGCACACGCGCACACACACACACACACACACACACACACACACACACACACACACACACACACACACACACACACACACACACACACACACACACACACACACACACACACACACACACACAGCCAGAGCUUGAUGUAUUGUGUGGUUUUCACUCCACUAUGAUCACCAGAUGUGACUUUCCAUGAUCAACUAUUCCACGUGGCUGCUGUUAGUCUUUCGUCAGGUCAGUGUUACAUGAAGUAAAGGAUGGCCACAUGUCUCCUCAGUGGUUUUGCAUUAUUUUAUGUUUAAACAGUGUAUUUAUUCUCAUGUUUAUACGUUGUCUCAGAAAAAUGACUGGUGCGCUUUGUAGAAAAAGCUGGACUCUCUGUCUCCCUCUGUGACGUGUAGUAACCGUAGUGCGGGUUUCUGUCCACUGGAGGGCGCUGAUGCAAACUAAAAAGACGAGUUGAAAGACAGAAGGAACCCAGAUUAUUCAACAGCUGUAGAACAU